UUAUGUUUUUGUACAUUGAUAAAUGAAUAAUUUCCUUUCUUUGUCAGCUUACCUUCACAAUUUUGCUUCAGUGCAGGAAAGUCAAAUCUUGACUUGAAGAGUUCCCAACCUUCUGAGCAAGCUACAGAAAUCAGCUUGUGGGAAAGACUUGGUAAAGUGUCAAUGUUGGAUAUUGAAUCGAGCUGCUUCUCCUGGAACAUGCUUUCUUCCCUUCACCAUACUGAGCACAGCAGCAGCACUGAGCAGUCUGAAGAUGAGAUGAAUAAAGCAUUGGAGGUCACUGUAAAUUCCGGGGGUGUUGUUUUCUUUGCACUUUUCAACCAAUCUGAAAAUGAUGAAUCUUCUCCCAAGGAAGCUGCGGCUGUGAUAAAGUUCUCAUCAUCGAGGAUGGCCACCCAGUCAGAACGACUUGGCUAUGAAUUCGCGAAGUGGCUAGGUGUCCAAACCCCACAAGCUAGAGUAAUUCACAGUACAAGUGCAGAGUGGCUGCAAAUCAAAGAGGCUGCAGAAAAAGCAAAAGCAGUAGCAAUUGCAGAAGGAGAUGAAAUUAGUGAAACGACAUGUGCAGAACUUCUAGAAGCUCUUGAGCUCAGUCGCUGCCUUUUACUGAUGAAGUGCGUAAGGAAUUUUGUUGUGAGUAAGAUUCUACUGUAGAUCUGCAUGUAAUGCACUUAAACUUGUUGCUAAUUUCAUUACUUUAUUGUGCUGAAAAUGGCAUAGGAAUUUCUGUAACUCACACUUAGCUCGUGGCCUUAAUCUAGUUGCUGUCCUUGCUUUUGUGUAUGUUGACCUACUUUAUCAUAGUCACCUAGAAAUUUGUACGAUAUAUUUAUAAUGCAGAAAUUAUGAUAAAUCGCAGUUCGCUGGAAAAGUCUUUUAGCAAUUUCAAUUAUUGGAUGAUUUCCGGACAGUAAAUUCUAGUAAUAUAUUUUCUUGUAAGAUUUCUUAUUUUACGUCUUUUAGUUCCCACAGAACAUUAAGAACUUUGACA